AUGCACACCCCAGGGGUUUGGGUUGCCGGCCGGCCAGCAGACGCGUCGUCAACGCCUGCCUCCGCCCUGACGACCACGGGCCGAGGCGUCUGGUCGCCGUUUUCCAGCUUGCCGGCCUGUCGGCCGCCGCCGGAUCUGCCCCGGCCACUGCUUGUCUGCUUCGGCUCUCUGCUGGCCGGGCUCUUUGUGUUGUUGGGCGCCGGCCUUGGCAACCAGGCCUGUCUGGUGGUCGCCUCCUGCCUCCAUCUCCUGUUGGUCGGGCUCGUCGCGCACCACAUCGUGCUGUUGCUAGGCGUCGGCCAGGAUCAGCGGUCGUCCCGCAACUGGGGCGUCCACUGCUUGGCAACCGCCAGCCUUCUCCUCCUCCUCUGCGGCCUCUUGGCUCUGGCCGGUCUGGCGGCCGGGACACUCAUUCUGCUCCACUUGCAUCGGCUGCGAACGUCGUCGCCGUCGCCGUCGCCGUCGCCGUUGCCGUCGCCGGCAGGUCGGGACGUUGACAAAGCGGCUCGGCUGCUGCAACCGCGUGGCCAGCGCAGUCUGCCCGACCUGCCGGUACCGACCGGGCAACCCAGCAGCCCCGGACUCAGCCUCGGCGCCAGAGAAUCGUCUUCUUUCUUCCCCUCCACCCCAGAACCCACCAGCUACCGGUCUCUGCUGGCCGCCGCGCCCUCGGUCGACUCCGGCAGGAUCGCCUCGGGGUAG